AUGUAGGAGAUCUAUAUAUCAGUUCAAGUAAACUUUUCCAUCGCAAUGGUCGUCUACCUUCCUCUCAUAAUAUUUAUGGGACUAUGUUGCCUGCAACAUACAGUUCAAGCAGUGUUUGAGCACAAAAUUUGCGGUCCACUAGUUGAACUCGUGGUCAAUCAUCUUAAUGAGGGUCCAUCAAAUUUUAAUAACUGGACUAAGGAAAUAAGUUUGUCUUUGCAUAAUGAACAGCAGGAGCGAGUCUCAUGGAAUAUUCCCUGGUCGCGUUUGCUGGAAGACGGAAAAUCAUCACUGGAACUGCAAAAGCAACUAAAGCCCAGAAAUUCCUUCAAACUAAGGCUUUGGAUGAGCCUCUAUUGGCACCUUAAAAGAUCUCAGCUUUUGAACGAGGUUCUUCUCUCAAACUUUGCCCUGGAAUUGAUGAAUAUUCGUAGUGCUCAACCAGAGUUGUGGAAUAAUGGUCUCCAGAACAUGGGACAGAGUUUUCCCAGAUCUUUGAGACUUCUGCUAAGAAGUUCGCGUUUGUGCUUGCAACACCAAAUGUUGUUUGUUGGUUCUGAAUAUCACCUGGAAUUGGGUGCCAAUAGCAACUGCAGCACUUGGGAGGUUCAGGAGGAGAAGCAGGAUCACUGGCUGAGACUAGUAAACGCCUGUGAUGAUAGGAGCCAUUUCUUUAUCAGCAUGUUAUCACAGGGAGUAUCGCACUUCUUGUUCAGUGCCCCCAAUAAUAAGGCAACCCAUUUUUGUGUGAUAGGAGGUUUGGGGUUCUUCGAGGAAGCAUCAAUAAAGAAUUUUGGUUGCCAGUGGCAUUUAACUGACUGCAGAUUUUUACACUUAGUUUAAUAACUUAAAAUAAUAAUCAUGAUAUAUUAAAUAAAAUAAAAAAUGUAUAUUAAUAAUAUUUCUAUAUAUUAUCAAAGACUCCGAUAAGAAACUAUAAAGGCCAUAAAAGAAAAAUUACUCAUACGGCGUCUAGUUAAUAAAUGUGCA